GAGGUGCUCGCGCCUUCGACCGGUUCUCAGCUCAGUGGCCGCAGCGCCAGCACCCUCCCACCCGCACACUCGUGUAGACAGGUCCGGAGGCCGAGAGGGCUUAGCUCGCGCCGGGUGUCUAGCUCCCGAAGUAAACGGCGCACUGAGCGGCGAUGACCGCGGAGGAGAUGAAGGCGGCGGAGAGUGGGGCGCAGUCGGCGCCGCUGCCUCUGGAGGGAGUGGACAUCAGCCCCAAGCAAGAUGAAGGCGUGCUUAAGGUCAUCAAGCGAGAGGGCACAGGCACAGAGAUGCCCAUGAUUGGGGACCGGGUGUUUGUCCACUACACUGGCUGGCUGUUAGAUGGUACCAAGUUUGACUCCAGUCUGGACCGCAAGGACAAAUUCUCCUUUGAUCUAGGAAAAGGGGAGGUCAUCAAGGCUUGGGACAUUGCUAUAGCAACGAUGAAGGUGGGGGAAGUGUGCCACAUCACCUGCAAACCAGACUAUGCCUAUGGUUUGGCGGGCAGUCCUCCAAAGAUCCCCUCUAAUGCUAUACUUGUGUUUGAGAUAGAGUUGUUUGAGUUCAAGGGAGAGGACCUGACAGACGACGAAGAUGGUGGCAUCAUCCGCAGAAUACGAACUCGGGGUGAAGGCUAUGCCAGGCCCAAUGAGGGAGCUGCUGUGGAGGUCACACUGGAAGGGUACUACAAUGACCAAAUGUUUGACAAGCGGGAGAUCCACUUUGAGAUUGGUGAGGGAGAGAACCUGGAUCUGCCUUGUGGACUGGAGAAGGCCAUUCAGCGCAUGGAGAAAGGAGAACAUUCCAUUGUGUACCUCAAACCCAGCUAUGCUUUUGGCAAUGUUGGGAAGGAAAAGUUCCAAAUCCCACCACAUGCUGAACUGAAAUACGAAAUUCACCUUAAGAAUUUUGAGAAGGCCAAGGAGUCUUGGGAAAUGAGUUCGGGAGAGAAGCUGGAACAGAGCACCAUAGUGAAGGAGCGGGGCACUGUGUACUUCAAGGAGGGCAAGUACAAACAAGCUGUACUGCAGUACAAGAAGAUUGUGUCUUGGCUAGAAUAUGAGUCAAGUUUAUCCAGUGAGGAAGCACAGAAGGCACAGGCUCUUCGUCUGGCCUCACACCUCAAUUUGGCCAUGUGUCACCUGAAACUGCAGGCCUUCUCAGCUGCCGUUGAAAGCUGCAACAAGGCCCUGGAGCUGGACAGCAAUAAUGAGAAGGGCCUCUUCCGCCGAGGAGAGGCCCACCUGGCAGUGAAUGACUUUGAAUUGGCACGGGCUGACUUCCAGAAGGUCCUGCAGCUCUACCCCAGCAACAAGGCUGCCAAGGCCCAGCUGGCUAUCUGCCAGCAGCGGAUCCGCAAGCAGCUUGCACGGGAGAAGAAGCUCUACGCCAACAUGUUUGAGAGGCUGGCUGAGGAGGACAGCAAAGCCAAGGCAGAAGUAGCAGCAGGAGACCAUAAUUCUGACACAGAAAUGAAGGAUGAGCAGAACAAUGUGGCAGGGAGCCAGUCUCAGGUGGAAACAGAAGCAUAGCCUCUCCCCAGCCCUACUCCUGUGGCUGCCUGCCUCCCUGUUCCCUGCCCUACUCCACCCUGUUAGUUUUGUAAAAACUGAAGAAUUUUGAGUGAAUUAGACCUUUAUUUUUCUAUCUGGCUAGAUGGUGGCUUUGGGGGGAAGGGGGAAAGUAGUAGGCUUGGGGGGGAUUGAGGUGGGGGUAGUUUUAAUGGUAUCACCCCCUAUGCCUCCCCCCUUCCCUCAUUACAUAUAAACAUAUGUCCAUCCACUUAUUCAUCAGAAUGUUAAUUUAUUUUGCUUCCUAUGUUUCCUAGGUCCAUUUUUCAAAUGGUAGAAGGGGGAGAAUGGUAGGGAUGGGGUCUGAUGUGAGACCAGGGUGGAGAGGGAGACCCCCAGGCAGCUGUUUUCCUCAUCCUUUCCCUCUUGCAGUCCAUUUCCAAACAUGUGGCCUCCAUGUGGGUGCUAGGGGUAUGGGAAAAACCACUGCUGUGCCCAUUACUUCUCUUUGUUCCCUUCCUCACCCCAGAUGGUGUGGCUGAUGAUGUCUUCUGGUGUCAUGGUGAUCACCCCCUGUACCCCCUUCCAUUGUUUCCCUUCUUAUCCCUUACCCUUCUUGGCCAGAUUAUGUCCCCACCUCCCCUCAGCCUCUUCUCUGCACGUUGCUGAAGGUCCAGGUUCUCCUCAAGUUCCGUGCUUGAGCAAUAAAGUGGAAACCAUAAAACCUGGGUGUCAG